UGGGAGCUCCGGGGCUGCGUCCCGUCGGCGCUAUGGAGCUGAGCCUGGCCCGCGUGGACUACCUGCAGGUGGGGGUGACGGCGCAGAAGACAAUGAGGCUGCUUCCCGCGUCGGGGCGAAAGGCCACGCAGAAGGUGGUUGUUGGAGAUCAGGAUGGGGUCAUUACAUGUUUUGGCAUAAAAAAAGGAGAAGCUGUGCCAGUGUUCAAGACACUGCCAGGCCAAAAAAUUGCAAGAUUGGAAUUGGGAGGGGCUCUUAAUACACCACAAGAAAAAAUCUUUGUGGCUACAGGAUCAGAAGUGAGAGGUUUCACAAAAAGAGGGAAGCAGUUUCUUUCGUUUGAAACUAACCUUACUGAAAACAUCAAAGCUAUGCAUAUUUCAGGAGCAGAUCUCUUUCUUUGUGCAAGCUACAUCUAUAACCAUUACUGCGACUGCAAAGACCAUCAUUACUACCUCUCAGGAGAUAAAAUCAAUGAUGUUCUCUGCCUUCCUGUACAGAAAGUGAAUUGCAUUACACCAGUACUUGCGUGUCAAGAUAGAGUCCUGAGAGUUUUACAGGGAUCUGAUUUACUGUAUGAAGUGGAAGUUCCUGGACCACCUGCUGUUCUUGCUCUAAAUGGAAAUGGGGGUGAUUCUGGAGAAGAAAUUGUGUAUGGAACUUCUGAUGGUAAACUGGGUCUUACUCAGAUUACUGGUACCAAGCCUGUACCCAAGUGUGAAGUUGGAAAUGACAAAAAGAGAGGAGGUAUAUUGUGUAUUGAUAGUUUUGACAUUCUGGGAGAUGGAGUUAAAGAAUUACUUGUUGGACGAGAUGACGGAAUGCUAGAAAUCUAUAACUUUCAAAGUGCAGAUGAUCUCGUUCUUCAAUAUGAUCAUGCUUUACCGGAGAGCAUUACAUCAAUCCAGGGUGGCUGUGUAGGAAAAGAUGGAUACGAUGAAAUUUUAGUAUGCACAUACUCGGGCUGGCUGACAGGACUGACUACAGAACCUGUCCAUAGAGAAGGUGGAUCAGGUGAAGAACUAAAAUUAAGUCAAGAAAUGCAGAGCAAGAUUUCAUCCUUAAGGAAUGAACUGCAACACUUGCAGAUGAAAGUACUUCAGGAACGUGAAAAGUAUCAGCAGUCUUCUCAAUCCAGUACUGCUAUUUCAUCAGUACCUGCAUUUAAUGUGAAUGAUAAGUUUACAUUGACUAAGGAUGAUGCUAGUUACAGCCUCAUCUUGGAGGUGCAGACAGCUAUAGAUUAUGUCCUGGUGCAGAGUGAUGUCCCAGUAGACUUGCUGGAUGUGGAUAAAAAUUCUGCUGUUGUUAGUUUUAGCAGCUGUGAUUCCGAGCCAAAUAGCAACUUUCUUCUUGCAACUUACCGAUGCCAAGCAAAUACUACGAGGCUUGAACUUAAGGUUCGGUCUAUUGAAGGUCAGUAUGGGACACUUCAAGCAUAUAUAACUCCAAAAAUUCAACCAAAAACUUGCCAAGUUCAUCAAUAUCAAAUUAAACCACUUUCGCUUCAUCAAAGAACUCAUUCUAUUGACCAUGACAGACCCAUGAAUACACUGAUGCUCAAAGGCCAGUUCAGUUUUGCUGAAAUUCACUCAUGGGUUGUGUUUUGCUUGCCUGAGGUGCCUGAAAAGACUCCCGCUGGAGAGAGCAUCACCUUUUAUUUUCAGAACACCUUCCUGGGUACGCAGCUUGAAAGCACUUACAGAAAAGGUGAGGGAUGUUUUAAGUCUGACAACAUUUCUACAAUAUCCAUCCUAAAAGAUGUGCUUUCCAAGGAGGCUACGAAAAGGAAGAUUAAUCUCAACAUAUCAUAUGACAUAAAUGAAGAAUCUGUGAGGCACACAUUAAAGCUUAUCCACCCAAAAUUAGAGUACCAGCAACUGUUGGCCAAGAAGGUUCACUUAAUAGAUGCUUUGAGAGAAUUACAAGUUCAUGAAGGAAAUGUGGACUUCCUGCUACCAAAAUACCGCAGCAUUUUGGAAGAGGCAGAUGAGCUGCUCGAGGAAUACAAGAGACAACCUGCGCAUCUUGAGAGACUUUAUGGUAUGAUCACGGAUCUCUUCAUAGAUAAAUUUAAAUUUAAAGGCACCAAUGUGAAAAGCAAAGUUCCUCUUCUCCUCGAAACUCUGGAUGGCUGUGACCAAGACGGACUAAUUGCUUUCUUUGACGCUGCAGCCUGAUAAGGGAAAAGCUGGGUAAUUUUUCUUUUUUUUUUUAUUUUACUCAAGGCAGUUCAGUAUUCAGUCCAAAAGCACUUUUUAAGAAAAACACUAUGUUGUACUUCAGCUUCAUUUGUAUUUAUUAUCCUACUGAAUGCAGUAGUCACCUUUAGUUUAUAUCAGCUGUUAAGUGCACGCAGAGUAUCUACACCCACGAUGUUCCUGAGAGCUAAAGAAA